AUGAGUCCCCCCAUCCAAGCAUUGUGGAAAAAGCUGUGUGGAAACCCGUUCGCCACGACGUUUAACAAAUGGGCGAACGAAAUACCGGACGCAGAGGCAGUGGUCUGGCUGAAUGGUGAAGGAGAUGUUGCGGAAAUAAGGACUUACAAACAGCUCGUUGAUCAGAUAUAUGAACUUGCGGAUUUUCUGCACGAAAUUGGAAUCAAGCAGAAUGACCGGGUCAUUUUGUGCUAUCCACCAGGAAUAGAUUUCAUAGUUGCGUUUUACAGCUGCAUCAUUUCGGGCAUUGCAGCUGUCCCUGUUUACCCUCCGGACCCCACAAAGGGAACGACGGAUAUUCCGCGUUUCUGUGAUAUUGGAGACAGUGCUGGAACGAAGAAGGCCCUCACGUCCACAACCUAUCGCCGCGUAGCGGCGGCGAUGUCUGUUGUGUCGCGGGAAAAAAGGUGGAGAGAAAUCGAGUGGAUCUGCACCGACUGCAUCAAGAAAGGCAGUGCUCCCGCUCCCCGAUCUCCUGUGACUCUGGACCCCCACUCCAUCGCGUUUCUACAGUUCCCAACUCAUUUGGAGACCAAAGAUCCCAAGGAGCAAUUCUCUUCCCGCAACUAUGACUUCUUCGAUCUGGAGGAGUUUUGGAAGAGAAGGCACGCCCUAUCUGUUGCCCGAAGGGGGCACAGAGUUCGUGCGUUUUCGUGGCUACCAGUUUACCACGACAUGGGGUGA